ACAGCUUGAGACAAGCAGCCUUGUCCGUGCGUCAUUGCGCACGCCGCUGCCGCGCGCUCCCCAACAGUAGUUUAUCAGAGAUCGCUGACGGAGCACAACCAGUUGUUUAUUUGCAGGCAGAAGUGCGUGCGCGAAUCAGCAGGUGCCGUUGCCGUCAAAAGCUGAUUUAAGUCUAGCCUAGAAGACUGUAAUGUUCAGUGCGAAAAGAUGUUUCGGAUCCUUAUUUCCUGGAUACGAUUGGAUAUAUGAGGUUCGAUCGGUCAUCUGCCUUUACAGAUAGACUUCACCCAGCACCACCAGCAACACCUUUGCUUCUCCAAGCAUCAUGACUCUGUCCGUGUCCGGAGGGACUCUGCUGUUCACUCUCCUCCUCAUUAGCAGGUUGUUGGAGAACGCGUUGCUCAACGCUGAGGUGAAGGAGGGAGAGAUCCUCCCGCCCACCAUUCAUAAGCUGAUGAAAGGCUACAACAAGUACCUCCGGCCUUUCUUUGACAAUGGACCCGUAUCUGUGGGCAUGAGCUUGGACAUCGCCAGCAUUGACACCAUCUCAGAGAUCAACAUGGACUACACGGCCACCAUCUUCCUGCGUCAGCGCUGGACCGACGAGAGGCUGGUGUUCCAGGGGAACAAGAGCCUGAGUCUGGACGGACGCCUGGUGGAGCUGCUGUGGGUGCCCGACACCUUCAUCGUGGACUCCAAGAAGUCCUUCCUCCACGACAUCACCGUGGAGAACCGGCUCAUCCGCAUCUUCCCCAACGGCACCGUCCUCUACGCACUGAGGAUCACCACCACGGUGGCCUGCAACAUGGACCUCACCAAGUACCCUAUGGACAAGCAGACGUGCACCCUUCAGCUGGAGAGCUGGGGCUACAACAUCAACGACCUGACCUUCCACUGGACCAGGGGGAACGAGUCUGUGAGCGGGCUGGACACCCUGAAGCUGGCCCAGUACACCGUGGAGGACCACUACACCUCUGUCUCUGAGGCCAUCUAUGAAACCGGCCACUACCCCAAGCUGGUGUUCCACUUCGAGCUGAAGAGGAGCAUCCUCUACUUCAUCCUGGAGACCUACGUGCCCUCCAGCCUGCUGGUGGUCCUCUCCUGGGUCUCCUUCUGGAUCUCACAGUCCUCCGUCCCUGCUCGCAUUUGCAUAGGGGUGACCACGGUGCUGACCAUGACCACCCUGAUGAUGGGGGCCCGCACCUCGCUGCCCAACGCUAACUGCUUCAUCAAGGCCAUCGACGUGUACCUGGGCAUCUGCUUCAGCUUCAUCUUCGGGGCCCUCAUCGAGUACGCAGUGGCCCACUUCUGCACGCUCACCUACACCGAGUCCAUGUACGGCCACCACAUGCAUGAUGCAUUCGACGACGAGAUGAACGGCAUCAUCACCACCAUCGCCAGCAACUCCAACCGGGCCAAGAGACGCAAGGAGGCCAACGCCGCCGCCAACGCCGCCGGCGCUAACGCGGCCCCGGUGGAGAUCGCCCUCACCCCGUCCAGCCCCUCAGGGAGCGAGCCCAGGCUGGAGGCCCCGCCCGAGGUGCCCCGCCACUGGUGCUUCACCGUGCUGGCCGUCCUGCGCAAGGUGCUCCGGCGGGCCAUGAACUGCUGCCACGUAGAGAACCCCCACUACAUAGACAACUACUCCCGGGUCACCUUCCCCCUGUCCUUCGUCAUGGUCAACCUGCUCUACUGGACCUACUACCUGUACUUCUAGCGGGACGCUCGCUAAGGGCGGGCUCUCGGGUUUGGGGUCGGUAGGGCAGUGUGCUGCACUAUGUAGGGAGAUAGUGUGUGUGUGUGUGUGUGUGUGUGUGUGUGUGUGUGUGUGUGUGUGUGUGUGUGUGUGUGUGUGUGUGUGUGUGCGUAUGUGUGUGUGUGUGUGUGUGUGUGUGUGUGUGUGUGUGUGUGUGUGUAUGUGUGUGUGUGUGUGUGUGUGUGUGUGUGUGUGUGUGUGUGAGGUUUUGUUCACCGUUCUGUUAUUUUCCGUAUUUUUCCACCAUGUGGUGUGUGUGUGUGUGUGUGUGUGUGUGUGUGUGUGUGUGUGUGUGUGUGCGUGGUCCCUGUCUGGUGAGUUGGCCGUAUCUGUAUGGGUCGGGGCAAAGACAAUGUAUUCCGAUUCAUCGGGGGCGAUUCCCGCGGGAGAAAAGUAGUGAUGAAUAAUUUUCCUAAUCUUAAUUUUGUAAUCAAUUGGCCGAUGGUGAUGUCUUCAUUGCAUAACAACAGCUGUGUCAGGGUUAACUGUAGCCUGAAUCAAUGCGCGUUGAGACUGUGUGUACAGAUGGUAUUGCAAUGGCGUGUGUCUGUUCACGAGACAUAUCUUGUGGCCUUGAUCCAUUCAGUAUUGUGUUAUGUCAAUUGCUACCCGGAUGGUUGCCAUGGACGCCAGUGCUGUUUUAUCCAAAUCUGUAUCAAUGUAGGAUUUUGGUUUGAUAAUGGGUCUGUUUGUUUGUUUACCGGUCUGUUUGUUUGUUACCUGUGCCCCCCCACCCCCCCCCCCCCAGGCCAAGAUAUUUGCAAUAAGCAGGUGCAGGCUAAAUCCCCCCAGGGGGCAGGGGGGCAGGGGGGCAGGCCAUGUGCAGCGCGUAUGGUGUGCUGAGCUGGGCUAGCCAGACCCCUAGGUUCAUGUGAGACACUGGAGUGUGGUGGAGGGUGCAGUAUUUCAACAGGAUGUCAUCAUCGGUGCAUUAUUCAGAAAGUGCACAGGGUCAGCCUCUGGCUUGAGGGCGUCUCGUGGCGUUUCGUCUCUGAUCGUAGCGUAGCGGUGUGGGUCCGCUGUCGUCCGGGCAACAAGAGAGAGCACGUACCGCUCUGCAUUCUGGGAAGACAAAGAUUACAAUUCACUCUUUUCGGUUCAUCUUCUUUUUGAAUGAAUCCCCUUGACCGUGGAGAAUUUUUUCCGUCUUUUAUUUUGGUUGCUUUCUUUCAAUGUAUUCAAAGCAUCGUUCUCUGUCAGCAUGCAGUGACGAGAUUGAACAUUACAAAUUUCAAAGUGAUGAAAUCCGGAUCAAUCAGUAAUGCAUGUUUAUUUCCUACUUCUAUCCAGUCAUUUCUGUUCCAUCCUCAUGCUCAAUUAAUGCAAGAAAAUAUUUAAUGAUGCAACCGGCCAUAAAGACAAAGACGAGUCUCUAUAGUUUCAACACAAAUUGCUUUUCAUUCGUUAUGUACAGAGUAUGAUACCAUAAUUUACCCACACAGGAAUUUGCAUUGUUAAUUGAAAGGCAUUAAUAUUACUCUUCAUACAAGUUUUGAUUUAUUAUUUUAAAGUUCAAUCAAAUAGAAGUCAAACACAGACUUGCUUUACUACUGAUUUCAAAUUAAUAUCUUCUUUAAUUCCUUUUUAUGCCUGAUUAUGACUUCCUGCUAAUGAGCUUUUGAUUUAUAUCUUAUAUUUUCUGCAUGCUUAUGAUGUGUCAUCUUCUUUUUCAUUUUUUUGCAUUUAACUCCCUCUCUGAUAAUUAACAAUUAAUUUCAGGAAUGUUAUGCCUAUAAUCUUGCCGAUGUCAUUAUCAUUGAUUCAAUGGAAUUACAUUUUUUGAACCACGUUUGCAUUGAAAUGAUGUGUUUGUAGGAUACAGAGACUCUUUCUACAUCCAAACGUAUGAACAUUGAAGCUCUAUGGAAUAACGCUCUUCAGAAUGAGGUGAAUGACGACUCAAUGAAAGGAAUAAUGUGAAUAUUGACUUAGACUUAAAGAUCUGAUAGGACUUGGACUAGUUAACUUCUUGCAGAAUAAAACUGUUGAUGAGAGCCACAAUAUAGCCAAAGAACAACAGGUCACAAUCCACUAGGAUACAAACUCAACAUUUCCUCAUCUGCCGAUGCGGUCACCCUUGACCAUUGGAAGGGUUCUUGAAAGCAUGAUUCAACAGCAAAAUCUUCAGUGCUUCACACAUUGAAGGGACACCUAUUUGAGUUGGUGAGUGACGUUUAAGGAAGGGUGGGGCUUUGAAGAACAAGAAAGAUGUAAAACGGCCGUUUAGGAAAUAUAUAUAUAUUUUUUUCUUUUCUGGAAAAGUGGACAAUUGUCAAAGGCGAAUGGAAAAAAUGGUACACUACACAUUUUUUUCUGUUCUUGGACAACGUCAAGUAGAAUCUUCCGAUAUUGUUGGUUGUUUAUCUAAUUGUUUUGGCACAUCUUCCAGUGACAUGUAUUUAUAUUAUAUAAUGUUAUGAAGGAAUUUUGGUUGGCUUAAGCUAUGUACAAAUGUAAUAACACUAUGCAUGGAAAUUUGAUGUAUGAAUACUAAUCAUAGUAAUAAAAAUUGUAAAACUUGCAA